GUUCAACAUGUUAAACUUCACAUGAUGUGAGAUAUAUAAUUUAACAAUCCUAUGAAUUAUGAAAGUCCAAAUUAGAUCGAUUCGUCCAUAAGCCGGUGAUCAAGUUGGCCCUCAAGCCACAAUGUUGAGACCUCUCAUGAGCUCUAAAUGAGCCAACUCACGAGCUGAGCUCAACAAGCCACCGAGCCGAGCUAGCUUCGCGAGCUGAAUAUAACUAAAAUCAAGCUUGGCUCGUUAGUAAACGAGUCGAGUUUCAAACGAAUUUUUCCCAAUUCGACCCUCGAGUUGCUCGCGAGUAGUUCGGCUCAUUUGCAGCACUAACCCUAUCCACUCACUAUAUAGAUGACUGGCGAUAAUUUUUCCUAGUAUGCCGGCAGAUUUUUAUUUGAGGAUGGAGAAUCGAUUCUAAAUUAGGAUAGGGUACAUGUUUGAUAUUAUUUAUGAGAACACUCACGUAGAAUAAUGAAGUCCAUUGGAUCCCCUAUUCAAUGGAAGGGGGCUCUGUAAUUGGGCUCAUUGUAUGGGCUUAAAGCAAGGUAAUGAGUUGGGCUAGAGGGAUAGAAAAAAAAGGUCCAGCCACUUUCCCGCCUAGAUUAAAACGGCUUGUCGUUUGACGAAAUUUGCCGACAGUGUAUCUUAGAGGCUAGAGCUCCGGCUUGUGACUUCCCCAGUAAUCUGAUCAUCAUUGCCGUUCGUCGUCGUCAUCCCGCCAGAAGAAAUCCCUGAAAUUUUCGACGCAUAAUAGUUUCUAAUGCGUCGAGAGAACGAUAUCUACGUUAUUUCUAUUUCUAAAACUACUACGAAUUCUACUAAACUGUAUUAUUAUUAUUCAUUGACGUAUCGAAACCAAAGAACAACGUACAUAUUUAUAGGACUCUCUCACAAACCAUUUCCCUCUCAAACAAGGUAUACUAAUCCUAACCCAACAAGUAAAUAAUAACUUUCUCAACAAGACACAAUAAGCUAAUACGAAUAUCCCUAAUAACCAUAAUAACCCAAUAAUUAAUUAACAAGGAAGACCCAAAUAAUAAUUCUAAACUGGGCACGUGAGUCGACCGGUCCGGUGCUAUAAUGCACCAGUUCAUUUUGGACUGGAAAAUCAAAGGAGAUGUACCGAAUUAGUUCAUUUUGGAUGGGGAAAUGGAAAAGUUUAGUGCGGAACGUAGAAAUGAAAUGAGAUGGAUAAAAUAAUCAUUUUUGUUGAAAUGGAGUUAAGUGGUUGUUUUGUUAUUGAUCAAUCGUUUAAUUUGUCUCGAUAACAGAAGGUUAGAUCGAUUAGAUUGAUUGUUGUGUAUAAAUCAUGGUAACCUUAUUAUAAAGUUUAUUAAUUUGGUGAUCGAUACAUGGUAUAACCGAUAUCGAUAUGGUUAGGUUAACAUCGAUUUCAGAAGCGAGUAAAUAUCUUCCUAAUUCCAAAUUUAAUCUCUUCACCCAUAAAAUAAAAUCCCAUUCUUUCCAUUUUCUUCAUCCUUUUUUGAACUUUUGGCGCCACCAGGCAAACAGAAUUACAAGUAAUCAGAGAAAGCAUCCCAAUUGGACGCCUAUUGCCAAGCAAGAGGGAGAUAGAGACGGCGCAAUCUUCCAAAGAGUCAAAAUCCUUAUCCCAAAACCUCAUCCUCUCAAAACUCUCAUCUCGUUUCCCUCCACUCCUUUCCCUUUCUCCCCUUUCCGUCGUCACCGAACAAACAAAAGAACAGAGCCCUCCAUUGCCGCUUCCUCGACCACUCUGUUUUUCAGCCACUCUGUUUCUAUCUCCCUCUCUCUGUCCUUCGACUUCUUCAGCUUUAGCCAUGGCCUGCUCCAAUCUGACUAUGUGGGUCUCUUCAAACUCAGCUCUAUCCGACGCUUCACCACUCUCCUUCCGAUCUUCCAUCUCCCCCUACCAAAUCUCAUCUCCCAACUCCCCUUCUCCUUCCACCUCCAGACCCACCUCUGUUUCCCCUGUUCAGUGCAACCUCCGCGAGCUCCGAACCCGAAUCGACUCCGUCAAGAACACCCAGAAGAUCACCGAGGCCAUGAAGCUCGUCGCCGCCGCCAAAGUCCGUCGUGCCCAGGAAGCCGUCGUCAACGGCCGCCCCUUCUCCGAGACUCUGGUCGAAGUCCUCUACAACAUCAACGAGCAGCUCCAGACGGAAGACGUGGAUGCCCCGCUGACCAAAGUCCGCCCCGUGAAGAAAGUCGCCCUCGUCGUCGUCACCGGAGACAGAGGGCUCUGCGGCGGGUUCAACAAUCAAAUUCUUAAAAAGGCGGAGAAUCGGAUGAAGGAAUUGAAGGCUCUGGGGAUCGAGUUCACCCUGAUCAGCGUGGGGAAAAAGGGGAAUACUUACUUCACCCGCCGUCCGUACAUCCCCGUCGACCGGUUUCUGGAAGGGACGAAUUUGCCGACGGCGAAAGAAGCUCAGGCGAUCGCCGACGAUGUUUUCUCUCUCUUCGUGAGCGAAGAAGUCGAUAAGGUCGAGCUUCUUUACACCAAAUUCGUCUCCCUAGUGAAAUCGGACCCUGUAAUUCACACUCUGCUCCCACUGUCCCCCAAGGGAGAGAUCUGCGACAUCAACGGGAUUUGCGUCGAUGCGGCGGAGGAUGAGUUCUUCCGGCUGACGACCAAAGAAGGGAAAUUGACGGUGGAGAGGGAUGUCGUGAGGACGGCGACUCCUGAUUUCUCGCCCAUUUUGCAAUUCGAGCAGGACCCUGUUCAGAUCUUGGAUGCUCUGCUUCCCCUGUAUCUGAACAGCCAGAUUCUCAAGGCCCUGCAAGAAUCGCUGGCGAGUGAGCUCGCCGCGAGGAUGAGCGCGAUGAGCAACGCGACGGAUAAUGCCUCGGAGCUGAAGAAGACGCUGUCGAAUGUUUAUAAUCGGCGGCGGCAGGCCAAGAUCACCGGCGAGAUUCUGGAGAUCGUCGCCGGAGCCGAUGCUCUUGUGUAAUCGGAACAAAUGGGGGAAGAAAUAAACUGUGCCUCUCUACUUGUUAAUCUGUUUUUGUGUAGGUAAAAAGGAGAAAAUACCAAGGUUAAAAAGGCGCUAGGCGUAAGGCGAGCGUUGAGCCUUUGCCUAGCGCCUAGCUCGCUUAGGCGUUGGAAGAAAAAUAGAUAUUUGCACAACAUGAUGAAUGAAAUAAUAAUAUACAACACUUUCUCACUUCAGUCAAAAUGAUCAAUAACUUACUCAACACUGAAUGUCAAGAACAUAGCUCACGAAUUCAUAGAAUCAUAGCUCAAUAUCUCACAAAGUUCUUAAGAUAUUGAAAAUAUUGAUAUAGAAAAUUGAUUUCGUAGUUGAUGUUAAGUUUCUCCUUUGAUAUUGACUUCCUAGCUCCAUCUCCUAAUGAUUUGGAGAGACUUUUAUGUCGCCUUACUCCAUUGACGUGUUCUAGUAUCUAAUUAGGCGCAAAAUCCCUAGGCGAGGCGUUUUGCUAUUGCCUUGCGCCUAGGCGUGUCUAAGCGUAAGGUUAAGCGUGCCUUUUUGAACCAAAAACUCAAUCAGUUAUGAGAUUUUACUUUUGCAUUUUUAUAUACUUUUGUGGGGUAAUGUGGGAGACUGUAUAACUAAGUUAGUCUUAAUGCAAUUAUGCAAAAUGGCCAAAUUGUAACUUUCUUGAUGGACCAGGUUUAAGAGUUUGGAUUGGGCUAAGUUCUAUUUCUGUGUUCCUCAAGACUUCAACUGUUUAAUUAGUGGGCUUUUCCUCGGCCCAGUUUUUUGUGCUGUGAGUGGUUUUGGCGCGGAGUGUUCCGAUUGGUUGUGCUGAUUCGCGGGUGAUUGGAGUAGUGGUUAUUGGUUAGUUUGGUUGGUCCAACAGUAGUAUUGAUCAACCUAAUAUGCACUUAAUGUAGGAUUGACAUGAGUGUUGAAGUACUCGUCUCAAGACUCUCAACCCACUCCCAUUAUGUCACCACCAUUGUAGGUGAUAUCUUAUGGUGGCCUAUGAGUUAAUCCACCUCGUGAACGGUCAUCUUGUAUUUCUGAUUUUCAGUUUCAUUGUAGAGGUCAAUGGUUUUCCUUUUAACUAUAGGAUCGACUUACAAAUUAUGUUCACUCGUCCUUUAUAACCUCAUCGACCUCGUGAAGAUCCUAUCAAACCUAAUUGUCAAUUUAGUUUUAUGAAAAUGGCGCUUGAUUUCAUGUCACUAACAAUAUUUUCAUCUUAAUUCUCUUAUGAAUUGUCACGACUGUUUGUCUGCGGAUAAGGAAAAAGGAGGAACGACGAAACAAGAAAUAACUAAAGCAAGAACGAACACGACACACGAAUUUACGUGGUUUACUAACAUGAUGUAUGUUGGAUAAUCCACAAGCAUGAGAGAGUCAGAUUCACUAUACUUUGAGAAGAUACAGAUUGCAAAGUAGUAUGAGAAGUAUUUAUAGUAAUCCAAUCUGGUUACAGAUCGGCCCAGAACAGAAACUCAAAUAACAUUAAGCCCAUACA